AUGGCAAACGAAAGGGGCAGAAAACAAGAGAUUUUCGAUGCGCGUGCGCUCGCCGCUGUCGAGUCAAACGACAUUACCUUCCUCCAAAACUUGCUGAAUCAGCGCUUAGCCGAAGACCCCAAUGCUUUCCUCCCUUAUGCCAACUUAGGAAAAUCCCUCGGAAGAGCAUUGGAGCUGUCCCGGUACGACAUGGCCGACGAGCUCUUUAAGCGCGGUGCUGAUUGGAACUAUGGGACUAUGGCUGAUGUCCUGGAGGGGGCACGAGAGGACAACGAAUGGAAUACAAAAGCCAUCGACAUUGCAUUAGCGCACGGCUGGAACAUCGACGAACAUUAUGAGCAUGUCGGCUCCGCCCUUGUCUACACCGUCGGUGAAUCAGGUAGUGACCCGGAUUAUCUUGGUGGCGGUAUUGUCUGUCUCAAAAUGGCUGCGUACCUAUUGUCGAAGGGAGCCGCCGUAGACGAGGGCUCGCAGACGGGCAACAACCCGCUCGAGCUGGCCUGCAUUAGGGGUGAUAAGCACAUGGCAGCACUGUUGCUCGCGCACAAUGCAACGAUGGAGAGGGCGCCCAAGGCCCUUCUUCACGCCGCCCAUAACGGCGACAUUGAAAUCAUGCAGAUGCUGGUAGACCACGGCGCUAACGUUAAUGCACACCCAUACGGAACGUACACUACAGUCGCCCAGCAACGAGAAAGAGAGGACUGGGGCUCGGCGCUACAUUGUGCAAUCGGGCAAGGGCACACCGAGGCAGUCAGAUUUCUCCUAGAGAAGGGUGCUGCCAAGGAGUACAAGAAUAAGCUGGACAUGACGGCAUUGGAUCUUGCUAAGAAAUUGGGAAAUGACGAGAUUGUGCGGUUAUUGCAAUAG